ACAAGUUUGUGGCUAAAUUAAUUGUUUGACGAAGAUCUGAUCGUCUCUUAAUAAAAUCAUUUUUAUUAAUCUAUUUGAAAAAAGUUUUUUUUUUAACAAAUCACUUCUAUCAUGUGCACUAAGUGGACUGUCCUAAAUGUUUUAUAACUUUUCGCUGUAAAAAUAGAACACAAAAAAAAGCCAUUGAUUUCAAUCCGGUUGAAUAAAAUUUCGAUCCGGUUUAUAAAAUUUUCUAAAAUUGCAUAAAUUUUUAUGAAAUUUUACAGACAAUUAUUAUUUAAAAAAAAAUAUUAAACUGUGGAAAAAAAUGCAACUAAAUCUUAUAUAUUGAUCUAAUGGUGUGAUCCCGAUGGUUGGCAUUCUUGCCUGUAUAGCGAAAUAACAUUGGAACCAAGUAAAUCAUCCCCUUCUUCGGAGCGCACUGAUGUAAAGCGAUUGGGAAUGAUCUGCAACAAUGAUAAUGACUGCGAUGCAAUAAAGCAUGCUAAAUGUUCGAAAGGUAAAAAGUGUGUUUGUAGAGCUAAUAAUAUUCAGUUAAAUGAGACGACAUGUUCACCAUUACUGGGUGGAUUCUGUUGGAAAAAUGAAACCUGUGUACCAGAUAAUUCUCAUUGUAUUAAUAAUGAGUGUCGAUGCAAUGAUAACUACCUACAGGUGUCCAAUACCUUGUGCAUGCAAAAAGAACAGGGGAUCCCUUGUAGUCGUGAUUCAGAUUGUCAAGGAAUCUACAAUACGAAAUGUUUCAAUAGAACAGUUUGCGCUCCAUUAUUAGGUGGAUUUUGUUCGACAGCUAAUGAGUGUAUACCCGAUAAUUCUGUUUGUAUUGAUAAUAAAUGUACAUGCAAGUCUGAGUAUUAUCCGAGGUUCAAUACUCAAUGCGUACAGAUUCAGUUGAGCGGGUUUUGUGAUACGAAUAGACGGUGCGAUUCAAUUAAACAUUCAACAUGUAAUAAAAAUAGAAAAUGCAUCUGUAAUGAAGAUUAUUUUCCAAUCAACACAACAUGGUGUGCACCAUAUAUUAACCAACCUUGUGAAAACAAUGAACCUUGUGCAAUGGAAAAUUCGUAUUGUAUUGAUAAUAUAUGUCAAUGUAAACCUAAUCAUGCCUAUCACGCAUUCAAGUGCGUGCCGAGUCAGUUACAAGAGUCCUGUCAAACAGAUUCUGAUUGUAAUCAAAUACCAUUUGCAGUGUGUUCCUUCGGCGGACGAUGUAUUUGUAAAAAUGGAUAUAGACAAUUCACCAAAGAAAUAUGUAUACCUAUUAUAGGCGGAUUCUGUAAGGAUGAUGAAGAUUGUCAUGCCGAAAAUGCCGUUUGCAUUGAAAAUGGAUGUGAAUGUAAACAAAAAUUUAUGAAAAUAUCCAGGGAUAAAUGUAUUCCUACGGAAAUAGGAUUGCCUUGCUUUUAUCAUACAGACUGUGUUCUAAUACGUAAUGCAGAAUGUUCGACAGAUAAUAAAUGUGUUUGUGCCGCAAACCAUGUUUCGUUAAAUUCGGAUGUAUGUAAAAUGGCGCCAAGACCACUGGAAAGUAUCUGUAAUAUAGAUGCAGAUUGUGAAGUAGUAGAACAUGCGAAAUGUUCAGAUCUUAAAUGUGUUUGUCAAGAUGGUUAUGUUCAAUUGAAUAAAACAAUGUGCUUACCACAAAAUGCGCUCACAAAUCAUUCUUGUUCUUCCACUUUUGGCUGCCACAUUAUAAGCCAUUCCCAAUGUUCAAAAGUUGAUAAAUGUAUUUGUGAAUUCAACUUUAUUGCAUUAAAUAAUUCAAAAUGCGCGCCACUUUUAAAUGGCUACUGUUUAAUAGAUACAGAUUGCGCUGCUGCUAAUUCGGUUUGUACUAAGAAUCGUUGUCAAUGUCGACGUAACUAUAUAUUUCAAUCAAAUGAAAAAUGUGUGCCAACGUUAUUGGGAGAACCGUGCCAGACACGUUCUGACUGUCAAUCAAUCAAUAAUGCAAAAUGUUCGAAUAAAAAAAUAUGUGUUUGUAAUGAAGAUCAUUAUGCAUUAAGCAACUCAACAUGUGCCCCGAUGAUUGGAAGUUAUUGUCGAUUUAAUACUGACUGUUUUUUGGAUGUAAUGGAAUGUAUUAAUAAUAAAUGUCAAUGCGAAAAAAACUAUGUAUCUGUAUCUGACACUCAGUGUGUAAGAAUAAGUUCGGUAUACCGAUGUGAAAACAAUAUAGAUUGUGGUGAACCAUGGCACAGUCAGUGUUCAGAAGACAAAAUAUGUACUUGUAGACCAAAUAAUUUUGCAGAAAACAGGUCAACUUGUUUGCCAAUCAUAGGGGGAAAUUGUUUGGCGGAUCAUCAAUGCAAGACACUAAAUACAGUUUGCGAAGAUUUUAAGUGUCAAUGCAGGGAGGGCUUUAACGCAGUAUCCAAUAACUUAUGCAUGCCUAGCGAGUAAUCACUUAAGGAGGGUCUCUAGUAAUUUUAGUCCAGCUUUUCUCUCAAACAUAACCUCUAAACCCAAAAUUAAGAACGUCUCGAUGCAUUACUACAUAAUCUGGCCAUUUACGUUCUUUUUUUUUUUUAAUUUUCAUUUGUUCAGAAGAAAAACUUGGGAAGUUUCCAUUUACUGCACUGACUUGAGUGUGAUAGAGAAAAAAGUGCAGACUCUUUUCAAUGCCAAGUUCAAAUUCCGCCAUUAAUGUAUGGAAAUUUAUACUCUGGCAUUGACUGAAUGAAAAACUAAUUUUAAUAAUCUUAUGCAAAUUAAUUAGAAAAUAUAAAUAUUAUAAUUUACUACAAAAAAAAUAUUGAAAAUCGAUUAAUAAUAAAAUAUUUUAAUAUAUCAAUGUAAAGUAUACAGUAAAAAAUUCCAUGUUAAAUAAAGUGAAUACUUCUUAAUUUUUGUAAAAUUUUCAAAACAAUUUAAUUCAAAAUUAAUUAUACAAUUUUUAAUCCAGAAUAUCUUAAAAAUUACUUUUAA